AUGGGUCAUUCUGAGUCUUCCUCUCUUUCCCCAUCUUGUAAGUUACGGAGGCGGUUUAACCUUAAUGGGAUGCACAAGGCUGGCGAUGUGAUCCUUGGUGGGCUGUUUGAAGUCCACUAUAGCUCUAUUUUCCCUGAGCUGACAUUCACCUCAGAGCCACAUCAGCCCAACUGCCAAGGCUUUGACACUCCAGGGUUCAGGCAUGCCAUGACCAUGGCCUUUGCUGUUGAUGAGAUCAACAAGAACUCCAAUCUGCUACCUAAUGUGACCCUGGGAUACAUUCUUUAUGACAACUGUGCUACACUUGGUAUUGGGUUCAGUGCUGCGUUGUCAUUGGCCAGUGGUCAAGAGGAGCAGUUUCUGCUUCAGGAGGACUGUUUAGGAAACCCUCCAGUUGUCGGUAUUGUGGGCGAUCCCUUCUCAACGCUUUCUAUUGCCACCUCUAAUGUUCUAGGUUUAUUCAAACUGCCUAUUGUGAGUUAUUUUGCCACAUGUUCCUGCCUGAGUGAUCGGCGAAGAUUUCCAUCCUUUUUCAGAACAAUCCCAAGUGAUGCUUUCCAGGUGCGUGCUAUGAUUCUGAUUCUAAAACACUUUGGCUGGACCUGGGUAGGUCUGCUGGUCAGUGAUGAUGACUAUGGACUUCAUGUUUCCAGAUCCUUUCAAUAUGACUUGGCUAGGUCUGGUGGAGGUUGCCUGGCCUACUCAGAGAUUUUGCCUUGGGGCAAUGAUCCAAAUGAAUACAAGAGGAUUGUGGGCGUGAUGACAAAAUCCACAGCUAACGUUGUCAUUGUGUUUGCACAUCAGCUGCACAUGAUUCAACUCAUGGAAGAGGUGGUAAAGCAGAAUAUGACAGGCCUGCAGUGGAUUGCCAGUGAAGCUUGGACAUUAGUUGAUGGGCUCCAUACCCCUGCCUUCAUGCCAUACCUGGGUGGCACACUGGGCAUCGCUAUCCGUCGUGGGAAAAUACCACGACUCAGGGACUUUCUGUCAAGAAUUAAUCCUCACCAACAACACCACAACAGCUAUGAAAAUAGCAUGGAGAAGCAGUUUUGGGAAUACACAUUUCAGUGUAGAUUUGCACCACCUCCAGCAGGUUGGGUGGAAGCUGGAGGAGCAUUAUGCACUGGACAGGAAGAUCUAGAGAAUGUGGAGACUGAGUUUUUGGAUGUGUCAGAACUCAGGCCUGAGUACAAUGUUUACAAGGCUGUAUAUGCUCUGGCAUAUGCCCUUGAUGACAUACAGCAGUGUGAGCCAGGGAGAGGGCCUUUCAGUGGGCACAGCUGUGCCACUUUGCAAAGACUGGAGCCAUGGCAGCUUAUGUAUUACUUGGAAAAGGUCAACUUUACUACACCAUUUGGUGAUCAAGUGUCAUUUGAUGAGAAUGGUGAUGCCUUACCAAUAUAUGAUAUCAUGAACUGGCUGUGGCUCCCUGAUGGAAGAACUAAGGUUCAGAGUGUGGGUGUGGUUAAAAAGUCGGCUUCCAAAGGUGAAGAACUCACACUUGAUGAAGAGAAAAUCUUCUGGAAAUUUGACUCCAAUAAGCCACCCAGGUCAGUUUGCAGCGAGAGCUGCCCCCCAGGUACCCGCAUGGCCAGGAAGAGGGGACAACCUAUAUGCUGUUUCGACUGCAUCCCGUGUUCUGAGGGCAUGAUCAGCAAUGAAACUGAUUCCAUGGAGUGCAUCAGUUGCCCAGAGGACUUCUGGUCGAGCCCCCAGCGUGACCACUGUGUUCCUAAGAAAACAGAGUUCCUCUCCUACCAUGAGCCUCUGGGUAUCUGCUUGACAACCGCCUCAUUGCUGGGCACACUUAUCUGUGUUGUUGUGCUGGUCAUCUUUACCUACCAUCGCAGCACACCCAUGGUAAGUUACUUUUCCACAUGUUCCUGCCUGAGUGACCGACAACGGUUUCCAUCCUUCUUUAGAACAAUCCCAAGUGAUGCUUUCCAGGUGGUGAGGCAAAAUGUGACUGGCCAGCAGUGGAUUGCAAGCGAAGCUUGGACAGCAGCUGCUGUGCUCCAGACACCACGCCUCAUGCCGUACCUGAGCGGCACACUGGGCAUUGCUAUCCGUCGAGGAGAAAUUCCAGGGUUCAGGGAAUUCCUCUUACAAAUACACCCUGACCAUAAUGGCAAUGACAGCUAUGGGAAUAACAUGGUGCGGCAGUUUUGGGAAUCCACAUUUCAGUGUAUAUUUGCACCACCUCCAGCAGGAUGGGUGGAAGCUGGGGGAGCACUAUGCACUGGACAGGAAGAUCUAGAGAAUGUGGAGACUGAGUUUUUUGAUCUUUCUAACCUCAGGCCUGAGUACAAUAUUUACAAGGCAGUUUAUGCUCUGGCACAUGCCCUUGAUGACAUGCUGCAGUGUAAGCCAGGUAGAGGGCCUUUCAGUGGGCACAGCUGUGCCACUUUGCAAAGACUGGAGCCAUGGCAGCUUGUGCAUUAUUUGCAAAAGGUCAACUUCACAACAGCAUUUGGUGAUCAAGUGUCGUUUGAUGAGAAUGGUGAUGCCUUACCAAUCUAUGAUAUCAUUAACUGGCUGUGGCUCCAUGAUGGAAGAACUAAAGUUCAGAAUGUGGGUGUGGUUAAGCGGUCGGCCUUCAAAGUUGAAGAACUCACAAUUAAUGAAGACAAAAUCUUCUGGAACUUUGAAUCGAACAAGCCACCCCGGUCAGUGUGCAGUGAGAGCUGUCCUCCAGGUACCCGCAUAGCCAGAAAGAAGGGGGAACCUGUGUGCUGCUUUGACUGCAUCCCUUGUUCUGAGGGAAAGAUCAGCAAUAAGACUGACUCCAUGGAGUGCACCAGUUGUCCAGAGGAAUUCUGGUCAAGCUCCCAGCGUGACCACUGUGUUCCUAAGAAAACAGAGUUCCUGUCCUACCAUGAGCCUCUCGGUAUCUGCUUGACAACUGCCUCACUGCUGGGCACAUUAAUCUGUCUUGUUGUCCUGGGCAUCUUUACCUACCAUCGCAGGACUCCCAUGGUACGAGCCAACAAUUCAGAACUGAGUUUCCUGCUCUUGGGGUCACUAAAACUAUGUUUCCUUUGCUCACUGCUGUUUAUCGGACAUCCCAGGUUGUGGACAUGCCAACUGAGACAUGCAGCAUUUGGGAUCAGCUUUGUACUUUGCGUGUCAUGUAUUCUCGUGAAAACCAUGGUGGUUCUGGCUGUGUUCAAGGCCUCCAAGCCAGGAGGUGGAGCAAGUCUGAAGUGGUUUGGUGCUAUGCAGCAGAGAGGGACAGUUAUGUUUCUUACUUUAAUCCAGGCAGCGAUCUGCACUGCCUGGCUUGUCUCUUCCUCACCAGCUCCUCAUAAAAACACUCAAUACCACAAUGACAAGAUAGUUUAUGAGUGUGUUGUAGGGUCCACAGUUGGUUUUGCAGUGUUACUUGGUUACAUUGGCCUCCUGGCUCUCCUUAGCUUCCUGUUAGCAUUUCUGGCAAGAAAUCUUCCAGACAACUUUAAUGAAGCCAAACUUAUCACUUUCAGCAUGCUGAUCUUCUGUGCUGUGUGGGUGGCCUUUGUCCCAGCUUAUGUAAACUCUCCAGGCAAAUAUGCAGAUGCUGUGGAGGUAUUUGCCAUCCUGGCCUCCAGUUUUGGUCUCUUGGUGGCAUUGUUUGGACCGAAAUGUUACAUAAUCCUAAUGAGACCAGAGAGAAACACAAAGAAAGCUAUCAUGGGUCGAGGCACCACCAAGUGAUAAAAGUAGCAGUAAUAGUAAAUUAGUUCAACUAGUGUGAACCAAUAUAUAUAUAUCACACACA